AUGCGACAAAGAGGAUACCACCUUUACGACGGAAGCGCAUGGAUUGCGAUAUUGAUCGCUCUCAUCUUCUUUGUGAUUGGCUUCUCGUGGUAUUAUGGCCAGGAACGUUUGAAAAACUAUAUGAACGUUCAGUCGACAACAGCCUCUCUCAAUGAUCUCCCGAUGCGUUUUGGCUUGAGAACACAACGCCUUAAAUCAGUUUCUGUUGCCGAUAAUCAACGUUUUGAUAUUCAAAAUAUAUCCGAUGAUGAUGACAGCCCACCAUCUCCCCACAAUCAAGUUUACAGUCGUAUAUCCGUUCUGACGAAUGUUCCAUUUUCGUCUAGCCAAAAUCAAAUUGAAUUACAUGGUUUGGGCGAGCAGAUCUCUGUGAGUGUCACACCUGGUGUCGGUUGUUUUCUCACACAUAAUCGCCGGCAGACGCCUCAUGUUUUCGAGAACCACGUUCAGCUUCUUCAUUCCGUCCCUCAAGUGAUCAUAUUCCUUCGUAUUCAGUACGCACGAGUACCCGUUGUUGUUCAGGAUAAACGUCUAUUAAUUAAACUGUACGGUAAUAUAUAUCAUAUUUCGGCAACAUUCGGCUAUGCUGAAAUGAAAAAAAAGUCGGUUUACAAGGAUAUUCUUCUUCUGGCCAAAGAACUCUAUCAAUUACCGAUACCAGAGGAUGAGGCAAAAAUUACGUUUUUUAUUUCAAAUCAAACAAUCACCGUCUCAAAGAAAGGCUGGCGUUCAUGGGUGACUCGAUGGCCAUUAUAUAUUUAUUCGAUACAAAAAAGUCUUGUAUCUGGUGAAUCAAUCAAUAUUCGAAUGAAUGCAAAGAACACAGUUCAAAUCGGUAUUCUUGCUGAACUUUGA